AUGGGAGCUGCAGGCGGAGCUGCUCACCAGUCCCAGCGGCUCCUGCACCCUCAGCCCUUGGGCUGUAGAUGGGAUCAGGUGCCACUGAGCAGUGGGUGGUGUCCGUUGGGGAGGCUCAGGCGCGCCAGAGCACACCGCAGUGGGAUAGAUCAGACAUGGUGGGCUGCAGGUCCAGAGCCAUGCCCCGAGGGGAGGCAGCUAAACCGGAGUGAAUUUCAGUGCAGCACCAGCGGGCUGCAGCUGCUGGCCCGGGUGCUAAGCCCCUCACUGCCGUGGGUCAGCCGCGCAGGCCGGCUGCUCCAUGUUUGGUUCCAGAACCGGAGAGCCAAGUGCCGCAAACAGGAGAAUCAGAUGCAUAAAGGCGUCAUCUUAGGCACAGCCAACCACCUAGACGCCUGCCGGGUGGCACCCUACGUGAACAUGGGAGCGUUAAGGAUGCCUUUCCAACAGGUCCAGGCUCAGCUGCAACUGGAAGGCGUGGCCCACGCGCACCCGCACCUGCACCCGCACCUGGCGGCGCACGCGCCCUACCUGAUGUUCCCCCCGCCGCCCUUCGGGCUGCCCAUCGCGUCGCUGGCCGAGUCCGCCUCGGCCGCCGCCGUGGUCGCCGCCGCCGCCAAGAGCAACAGCAAAAACUCCAGCAUCGCCGACCUGCGGCUCAAGGCGCGGAAGCACGCGGAGGCCCUGGGGCUCUGA